CCUGGCCCCUUCUUUCCCCAAACCUUACUCCCGUUAGUCAGGCCCGCCUCUUCCCAGGCUCCGCCCCCGUAGCCCCGCCCUCCCUCUGUUUCUGGACUGCCUACCAGCGCAGCCUGAGCCGCUGAGUGCUGGUCAGCGGGCGCCGAGAAAUGGACCAGUUCUGACAAGAUGUAGUGCGACAGCACUUCCGGUUGGACAUGUUCAGUCAUGGCAUCCGAACUCUGUAAGACGAUCUCUGUGGCCAGGCUUGAAAAGCACAAGAAUUUGUUCUUAAAUUACAGGAAUCUGCACCAUUUUCCACUGGAGUUACUGAAGGAUGAGGGGCUGCAGCACCUGGAGAGGCUCUAUAUGAAAAGGAACUCCCUCACUACCUUGCCAGAAAACCUUGCUCAGAAGCUUCCAAACCUUGUGGAACUGUACCUUCACUCAAAUAACAUAGUUGUGGUUCCAGAAGCCAUCGGGUCCCUCGUGAAACUCCAGUGUCUGGAUCUCAGUGACAAUGCCUUAGAGAUCGUUUGCCCAGAAAUUGGUCGUCUGAGAGCGUUGCGUCACCUUCGAUUAGCUAAUAAUCAGCUACAAUUCCUACCUCCAGAGGUUGGCGAUUUGAAGGAGCUGCAGACACUAGACAUUUCUACCAAUCGUUUGCUAGCUUUACCCGAGAGGCUUCACCUGUGCCUUUCUCUGCAGUACCUCACUGUGGACCGAAAUCGGCUAUGGUGUGUGCCGCGUCAUCUCUGCCAGCUGCCCAGCCUCAAUGAGCUCUCCAUGGCUGGAAACCAUCUUGCAUCUUUGCCAGUUGAUUUAGGUCGCUCUCGAGAACUGCAGUAUGUGUAUGUGGAUAACAACGUCCAGCUGAAGGGCCUGCCCUCUUACCUCUACAACAAAGUCAUCGGCUGUAACGGCUGUGGCAUCCCCAUCCAAUUGUCAGAGGUGAGGCUGCUGACCUUUUCAUCUGGGCAGCUGACCGUCUUCCUCCCAGCAGAGGUGAAAGCAAUAGGCACAGAGAACGAUCAUGUCCUGCCUCUGCAAGAACUGACCAUGCGUAGUCUCUACCGCACCUACCACGGGCUUUGGAAAGAUCUGAACUUUUUGUCUCCAAUCUCAUUACCCAGAAGUCUCCUGGAGCUGCUGCACUGCCCCCUGGGGCACUGUCACCGAUGUAGUGAGCCCAUGUUUACCUUCGUCUAUCCUAAGCUCUUCCCCUUGAGAGAGACACCCAUGGCAGGCCUGCACCAGAGGAGGACAAGCAUUGGCUUCGUGGCUUACUGCUGCUCCACCCAGUGUCUGCGGACUUUUAAUCUGCUGUGUUGAUAAACACUCAAGAGCCUUAGGAGCACUGCCAGCUCAGCCACUGCAACUGCCUGCCAUCGCCAGUGUGAGCAGCCCAGCCAGGAGAGUCCAGCCAGGCAGGACAGCCCCUUCCAUCCUGCCCUGCCCUGUCCAGAGGAGGGGAUGCUGAACUCUCUGGAAAUGUCCUGAUUGGGCUUCACAACUAAAAGGCCUUCACCUUUCCCUCAAGUUGGAAUAUAUCCUCCCCAAAUUAAGGACAUUUUGUCUUCUGUGUUUUUCUUUGUAUGUGAGUGUGUCUCAUAUAUAAACUUGGUCAGAUGAGGUUCUCCACAUCUAAUUUAAAGCAAACUGCAGUUCCCUGAAGAACUCUUAAUUUGAUAAUAGAACCAAAUUAACUGUUGGAUGACACACCUUUGGUGAUGAUCCUCUGUCUUUCCCCAGAGGAUGAUUUCCCCUUGAGAUUAUUCUCACGAGCUUCUCCAUUGGAAACUUGUCAGUUUCUGGAGUCUCUGCAACUCCUAUGGCCUCAGCAGCCAGCAUAGCAGGGCAGAGCACCCAGGCUGGAGCAGUUAGGUUCCUGCAGAGGCGCAGCUGGCUCCAGAGCUCGUGCCCUGGAAAGUUGCGGUCUUAUUUCUAAGUUUUGCAACCUAUGAAGACAUUUUUUGAGAGGGAUUCAAAACAAAAAUCUAGAUACUAAUUAAAUAUACUUUUGUUCUAAACUACUACAGAAAAAGACAUUUUGAAAUGUUUGGGCUUUUUUUUUUUUUUUUGGCUAAGAUUUUCCUAUAAUUGGGAAGUUGGAGGCCUUUGAUCCUCUGCUGUGGAUGGGCCUAGUGGUAUUUACCUGGUACAUGAAAUUGCCUUCAUUUUCCUCUGACUUCUCCCUAGGGAAACAGAAGGGAUGAUUGGGUCCACAUUCCACCUUUGCAAAAAUCUCAUGAGCUUUCUUUGCAUUGGCAGUGAGAUGAGCUCUCUGGGGGAAUGCCUGCUUUGCUCUUCCUUCCAGAGGAGACCCCUGUAAUAUGCUUUACUCUCAGGUAUUUGUUUGACUGCUGUGCAGUGCUGCUUUGGGGGUAAAGUUCUCUGUUUACUGGUAUGCUUUCUAUAAGACAAGACUGAAAGGUGAAUCAAGAAGGGUUGCUUGGUGGAAAAGCUAUUUCCCAAAACUUUGGUUGGCGACAUUUUGUUAGCCAGCCUAACUGUAAUUCUAGACUCUAACAGUCCCAAAAGUCCUACAUAGUUACUGACAAGUGUGUGAUCUCUUUGCAGUCACACCACCUGCUGCCCGAAAAGCAGACUCUCCCAAGUAAUGGCAGAGGCAGAAAGCGACCAGGCAUACCAUGUGUGGCCACUGUCCCUACUUCCUCCUGUCCCUUUCACAACUUGCUCUGUUCAGCCUUAGUAUUUCAAAGGCCUACAGUAUAAUAGGAACUGAGCGUCUGGAUCAAAUGUACGUCUUAUUUCAUCCUUCAGAAUAAUGGAAGUUUCAGCACAACCCCGACAUGUAUAUAAGCUGGAGGCAGGAAAAUGUGUCCUGACACUUCACAGACGUGCUUGGCUUAAAUGAACGACAGUGAAAUACAGAGCUGCAUCUUUGUUUCGCCCUCAACCAUCUUAUGUCUUAAGUAGAGCUGUAAAAUGUCACCCUGAUACUCAGGAAUUCUCAUUGAGAGAAGGUGUGGGAUACUUUUGUUCUAACUUGUUUAAAUUCUUAAUAAAGGUGUUUACACUCCA